GAUGGCAUUUCAUAUUUCCGCGGCAUCAAGUACGCAUCUCUCGAUCAUGCAUUUGCGGCUCCAAACGUCUACUCGGAGCGUGCGGCGGAUGGGCCGGAUGCUACGCAACACGGGCCUAGUGCCCCGCCUUCAACCGCUGGGUGUGGUAUGGAACUUGGUCUCCUUCGGAAAAGCCUACCUCACGGUUCAUUCACCACCUCUCCCACCGAAUGCCUGAAUCUGAACAUUGCCGUCCCUGAAAAUGUAAAGGGGCCGCCGCUUCCUGUUUUCGUCUUUAUCCACGGCGGCGGUUUCGCCAUCGGAUCCAACGCCUGGCCCCAGCAUGACUUGACGCGUCUUGUCAAGCUCAGUGAGGAUAUCGGCAAGCCGGUUGUGGGUGUUCAAAUCAACUAUCGCCUUGGUGUCUAUGGUUUUCUUGACUCGACCACUUUGCGCAAGGCCGGCGUCAAGUCGAAUCGUGGGCUCUUGGACCAGCAGGCGGCGUUUGAAUGGAUUCGCCUCCACAUUUCUGGAUUUCACGGCAACCCUGACUUUGUGACAGCGAUUGGACAGAGUGCCGGAAGCGUUUCCGGUACCUUCCAUCUUCAGUCGAGCAAGCCGCUCUUCUAG